CUCAAUUUUCACGUAUCUUUCGUCUUCUGGGUUUUUAUCAUUUUCAAUUAAAAUCAACAAUUACACCACGAAGCUCCUAAGCGAGGUUUUUAUUCAAUCCAAAAGAUAUAUACCCAUUGGUCUCAUAGCCAAGUCAUUUUGGAAAUUAUCUCAUCAUCGCAACAUCUCAUCUCGUUUUUUUGAAUCCUUCAUAUCAUAUUCUUCAACUAUUUCUAGAAUCCCUUGCGUGGUUUUGAUUUUAUCAUGAGUUUCUUGGCUCUACCAAAGACAACUAAGCGGCGACGGAGAGGAGGCCACGCAGAAUUGACGAACAUUGACACAGAUUCAGUACCUCCACCUUCAUGUUCAAAUUCAAGCCCUACACCUCCUAGCCCCCCAAAUACCUCAUAUACAAUCCAAUUGGCAUCUUGGUCUCGACCUAAAAAACCUUCUGCUCAUCAAUCUGGUUUUAGAAUUGGUCGUGGUUCAUUCUUACCUUUCAAUCAUUCGAAAUUGAUUCAUGAAGCUUUUAUUGAAUCUAAAAUAUUUAUCAGGAAACUCAAGACCAUGAAUCGGAUUCCUCAAGAUAAUCCUGAAAUGAAUUCACCAAUUCAACCUCCAAUUAUGUUAUCCAAACCGAUGCUUAUUCCCCAAUCUACUGCAGGAACACCUUCAGCUCCAUUUUUAAGAUGUGCAACUGAAGAAUUGAAUCAAUCUACCAAUCGCAUAUCAAUCGAACUCUUCACCGAUUUUCUCGAUCUAACCAAUGCACUUCUGUUAGCUGGAAUUGGUACUGGUUGCGCUGCAUCUGAUUUACAAGAUUAUCAUGAGACAUUCCAUUUUCCACCCCCAGCCGAACAAGAUUUCUCGACACCACCACCUGAAUAUUCAAACGAACCGAAGCCAAUCGACCGAUUUAUUUUAAAGUCAAAUGAAUAUCUCUUCAGACCGCGCGGAUUAGAAUGUCAAAUCUUAACAAAUCAACAAAUUCGAGAUCUUUUCAAUUUAUUGGAUCCAUUGAAGAAUUUAAAUCAGAAUGAAAUAUCAAGACUCUCUUCACCAACUCCUCAAGCUGCUCCAACCCCAUCCCAUCAGUCUAUCGGGUCCUUACCUUCUGAAUAUUCCACACUGGCUUUACCACUCAAAUUGACUCUUUUGUCUCAUUUUCCUGUCAGAAUCAAAGGUAUAGAUCAAAUCUAUACUAUCAAGAAUUCCACUUCUAAAGUUGGCUCUACUAGUAGCACUCCUUCUACCUCUCCUUCAAAUCCACAAUCUCAUUAUUGGCAUCAUAAUUCUGAGCUUGAAGAUUCGGCUAGAUCUAACUUGUUGGCUUCUGAUCCGGCUUAUUGGAUCUUGAUUGAUAAAUUUUGAAGUGAACACUCUCCUUUUUGAUCUUUCUUGAUUUCUUGAUUACUUUGCUUUUGAACUUGACUUUUCUCUUGAUCUCAUCUUUGGUCUUGUCUUCUGGACUUUUUUCUUUCCUCCGUUCCUUUCAAGCCAGCAGGCUUUUGUGUGCUUCUGUCGUCUUAUUUCCAUAUCUCUCUCUCUCUUAGCAAGCAUUGAAUCUUUCAUCUUUAUCUAGAGCUCUUGUUUGAUUAACCUCUUAUUUAUUCGCCCAAUCGGUGCUGGAUUUUAUCUGCUCAUUUCAUCAACUCGUUUUUAAAUCAACUCGUUUUUAAAAUAGUCGCCAUUCGAAGUUUGAACAGAUUGAAAUGACCGAUAACAUUGUCCAAAAGAAAUUGGCAAUUGAUAUUUUCAAA